GAACGACGUCACGUGACGUGUCUGAUACUAGGUGAGGUUUUCUACGGGACAGGUGUAAAUCUAGUCCUUUAGAUCAGUAGAACUAGAUCCCUGAGUGGAGGGAUACUUGAGGGUGCUGCUACUCAUUUCCUUAUGUGGAGCGGAGUGAGUGAGUGGGCCGGCCUCCCUCAUUACUGUACAGAAACACAAACUUUAAACUUUAUUCUCUAUUUCAUGUUGUCGGAUUUAUGGAGGAAUUUGUCCCCGGUUCUCCCACCGAGCUGCUACCUCUGCCCCGCGUGCUCUCCAAGUGAUUUCGCGGUCUUUCUGAUGGCUACUUGUUGCUAAACAAGGCUAACUGAUGCUAACUAGUUAGCUGGGUUAGCCGAGCAUCUAGCGGGGCUUUUAGCCGAGAGAGCCCGGGGAGGAGGCGCCGAGCAGCGGGGGAAGCUCAGAGUUCACCCCGCUGGUAGAGCCCGCCGGGGGGGAGGUGGGUGACAGCCCGGCUGUGGGAGGGACCGGCGGGGGAUGCUGGCGGGUAGCGGCGCUGGGAUGAGCAGCAGAGCCGGCUCCGGGAGCGAGGAGGGCCGGUUCGAGGAGCGGGAGGAGGGCUACAGCGGCUCCGAACUGGACUCGGAGUCCGGAGAGGAUGAGGACGCGGUGGGUUCCGGCGGGGACAGGAGGGGGGUGAAGCGGGAGAGGAGGGAGCGGGAGGUCGGUAGGCAGUCCGCUGGAUCCUCCGGGGGCCACGGCGGGGCCUUCUGUGGACUCAGCCCCGGGGUACCAGGGGCCAAACCCGGGAAGAAGACUAGGGGGAGGGUGAAGAUCAAGAUGGAGUUCAUCGACAACAAACUAAGGAGGUAUACCACCUUCAGCAAGAGGAAGACGGGGAUCAUGAAAAAGGCAUACGAGCUGUCCACGCUGACAGGUACCCAGGUGCUGCUGCUCGUAGCCAGUGAGACGGGUCACGUGUACACGUUUGCGACGAGGAAGUUGCAGCCGAUGAUCACCUCAGAGACAGGUAAAGCUCUGAUCCAGACCUGCCUCAACUCCCCCGAUUCACCGCCACGAUCUGACCCCUCUUCCGACCAGAGGAUGAGCGCCACCGGCUUCGAAGAGACCGACCUCACCUACCAGGUGUCUGAGGCUGACGGCUGCUCAGAGGUCGCCAAGGAUCUGAUCAAACCGCCAUUCACCGCAUCUACAGGCAGCACACAGGCCCCUCUUCCACCCCCUUCCUCCUCCUCCUCAGUCCCCCUGGUCCAGACCAGCGCCGCCUCCUGGCAGCCGCCUUCCUCCACUAACGGCACCGUGCUGAAGACGCCGGCCGGCCUCAUGCUCCCUGGAAGCCUCACCUUGAUGUCAGGUGGCGCUCUGCCCCCCGGCACACACACCAUCCCCCUCAGCCAGCUGCAGGCUCCGCCUCUCGCCCUGCAGGGCCCCGUGGCCCCUCUGCACGCCUCCCCCACACAGCCGACCACGCUGCUCCGCCUCCCCACCACCGUGUCACUGUCAGGCGGAGUCCCUCAGCAGCUACAGACCAUCCAGGUGCAGCCUCAGCAGACAACGACCAAUCAGAGCAGCUCAGACACACAAAGCCCUGCCUCCUCUUCAGCCCCCGUCGUCUCCUCCUCCUCCUCCUCCGUCACUGGUCACAUGAUGUACCCCGGAGGUCACACCGUCAUGUAUGCCACGCCCACGUCCUCUUUAGGUGACGGCAGCCUCACUGUGCUCAACACCUUCCCCCCAACAGGCCACGCCCAGUCACAUGAUGCUGGUUCCCUCCCUCAGGUGUUCCUCACCUCCCUGCCUCCUGUCGCCACGCAGAUCCCCGUGUCUGCAGUACAGCUGCACCCGAUGGUGAUCAGUCAGCAGAGCAGCAGCAGUAACCUGACGGAGCUGCAGGUCGUCAGCCUGGAUGUCCACCAAUCAAAAGACGACUGACGGACUGUCUCUCACACUCACACAGCUGGACGUCGUCUGACUUCAGUUUAGUGUGUCAGUGGAAAAACCUGCUUCCUGUUUACUCCACGGCUGGGUUCACAUUAGGGACCGGGGCAUGGAUCUGAGGCUAUUUGACCCCAAAGUCUGGUUCAUUUGGUCUGAAGUACUGGAUGUGCCUGAGAGGUGGUCAUGGACAAGAUUUACCAACAGUCUUUCCUUCAUUUGACUGUCUGCAACUUUAUGAAAAGUGAGGGUUCCCUUGCUUUUCAUAAAGUUGCCAACUAUGACCCACUUUUUGGCAAAAACAGAGGGAAAAUGGCCCCAACAUCCCCAGCUUCACCAACAUUCUAUCCUCUGCAUUUGAUGUUGUCAUCCUUUAAAGAUUAUAAACAUUCCAUCCUUCAAACCAACUCUAUUCAUCCCUCCACCUGCUGGAUCAGACUGUCGACAAACACAAGAACCAUGUUACUGAUGUGAACGCAGACCAGAGGAGGAGAGGAGAGGAAUGGACCCCGGUCAUGGUACCAAACAAUCCUUCUUAAUGUGGAAACUCACGAAGUUUCUUCAUCGUGUAAACAGACCAACAGCUGUUUGUGCAGAGAGUAAAAAACACAAGAUGAAAUGAGUUUUUAUUUUAAGGGUUUUAUGAUCAAAGUCUUUAAAACUGUCCACAGGAAGCUGGUAAAUGAAGACUUUUAUUUUGGUAAUGUUGCUUUAUUUUUUAUGAGAAGUGAUCAAACAGACGAUGACGUCAUCCCACUGAUGAUCAGGUGGCACUCACCUGUGUGUGUAGUAUCUGUCAAUGAAUGUAUCAGUUUUUAUUCUCUAUCUUUUUUAUGCUCUACUUUCUGAUUUAGAAACUAAAGUGCCAAAAACUGUCCACUUGCUCUGCUACACAAUUGCCUCUUAAAGGUACAGUACACCAUCAUGGCCUGUGUCCACAGACGACUGUCUUUGUUCAAGAUGGUGUCACCAAGAAGACGAUGAAAAGUCUUGUCCUGGCAUGAGCAGCAGCUCUGCACCUGAAAUGUUGGUUUCUCCACCAUUGUUGUUGGCAAAACUGGUAUCAUAAGCCCCACCUCUUUUUUAUUGGCCAAUGAGGGAGACACGCCACCCAGAAGCACAACUUUCCUUCUCAUGAGAGCAUGAAAGGCAAUGGAAACAUUGGACUAUGUUAGUUUUUGUUGAAAACCAGCACUGAAAAUAUAAGACUGCAUUGGUUUAUUUGAAAAUGAGUGCCCAAAACUCUGGACUACAUAGAUCUUGUUGAAAAUAAGUGCUGAAAAUGUAAGACUACAUUGGUUUCGUUGACAAUUUUUGGACUACAUAGUUUUUUGUUGAAAAUAGGCACUGAAAAUAAAAGACUUUAUUGGUUUAUUUUGAAACUAAGCGCUGAAAACUCUGGACGUCAUUGUUUUUUUGUUGAAAACUAGUGCUGAAAAUAAGACUAUACUGGUUUAUUGUAAAACGUGCUGAAAACUGGACUACAUUGGUUUUUGUUGAAAACUGCAGAAAAAUUUGGACUACAUAGUUUUUGGUUGAAAAUGAGUGCUGAAAAAUCUGAACUGCAUUGGUUUGUGUUAAAAGUGAGCGCUGAAAACUCUGGACUGCGUUGUUUAUUUGUUAAAAAUUAGUGCUGAAAAUAUAAGUAUAUUGGUUUAUUUUGAAAACAAUUGCAGGAAAUUCUGGACUACAUUGGUUUUGGUUGAAAAUGACUGAAAACUCUGGACUACAUUGGUUUUUGUUGAAAUGAUGCUGAAAAUGCUGGACUACAUUGGUGUUUGAAAACCAGAGCUGCCUACCAGUACAGCGGUGUUGUCUGUGGACACAGGCCUUUUCUCACAGCUGUUCUCUGUGAAAAUGUCCAGCUUAAUGAGCUUGACAGACCUGUUAGUAUCAUAGAAGAGGAUCAGUAUGCACAGGACACACAGGACUACAUCUGACACUCAUACAGUACGGUGUGGGGUUUAGGUUAAUGUGUGACGGUGCGUUCAAGGACCCUGGAUUUGAUGAGCAAACUGAAGACAAACGGGGGUCAAACAUGGACUCUGACCCUGAACACAUCAGAAGGCUCUCUUUUCUUUGUUGACAUUAAAAGUUCAGUUUUUCACAUUUAGGAGGAAUAACCAAUCUGAGUAUGUUAUAAAUAAAAUGUAUGUAUUUUUGUUAAAACGAUGAAGCAGCUUGUUAAGUCUGUCAUGUUUCUACAGGAGCCUGGAGUGGACAAAAACACUUUCUACAGAGGCUGAAAGAGACAGAUUCACUGGUGCAGCUUGUCUUACAGUGAUGUUUUUCUUACGCAGGGCCAAUAAAUCAUCAAUCAACAAGA